GCUAUAUAACGGUUUAUUUUCUGUAAUCUCUGAUAAAAUUGUAACUAACUGUCAAUGAAAUGCGACAGAGAAAGUGGAAAGGCUCAGAAUACGGGAGACCUGGGCAACAUAGGUUUCAAGUAGCGCGGCUGCAAAGCCCAUUCACUUUGGCCAAAUGCAUUCCGAAAUUUACAGUCACAACAGGACAUCGACGAAACCUUGUGGGGUCAAAAAAAUGGAAUUCCUAGAGUUCAUGUUGGGACCAUGAGCGAGCCAGACAAGCCAACGUCAAGGAUUCAUUUGACCAAUAAGCAGAACACUGCAUCCCAUCUUUCUGGCAACUCAACACCGAACUCAUUUCGCUCUGAGAACUCCCAAACGCCGCUAAACAUGGAUAUACCUGACCUUCUUGUUCCGCAAACAAGAGAUAACACAGAGCAUGACGGCGAUGAAGAGGACACAACUUAUUUUCUUCUCGAUAUUCAGACACCUGAUAACGAAUCGGAACAAGCAAGAUAUUCGAGAAGCCCUUCACUUUCUUCGUCGUCAAGUGAAUCAGCACAAAUCGUCAUUGACAGUGGAAUUCUUCGACCCAGUCAAUAUGAUCAUGGUUGUACCGAAGAUGGCAGACCACACCAGCUUACCGAAUUGCCACGUGGAGAGGAUAUACAUCCAAUGGAAGUAUCAAGCUUGCCAACGAAUGGGCACUCUUCUGGUAAAGAAGGCAAUCGCAUCAUGACCAUUUACACUGAAGAAGAAGACGAUUUGAUGGACGAAAUGCCUCGCUGGAACCAGGAAGUUAUGCAUCGAAGACAUUCUCUGCUAGAGGAAGAUUCCCAUGCUGAGUCGGAUUGGGCUGCGGAUAAAAAUGGCCUUCGUAAUCGACGAGAUCGUCAAAAUUCCUACAUUUCAUCCACUCGUAGAGAAAGCAGUUUCUCUCGUAAUCCCGGUCUAUCCAGCGAAGAAGCAUUAAGACGUCUUCUUGAAGUAGCAAACUCUAUAUUAGAAGAGGAAAGAGUGAAAACCAGCAAAGAUAUACGCAUAAUAACCUGGAUCAUUCGACCUGAAACCAUCAUCUGUAUCAUAUCUGUAAUCAUACUACUUGCAUUUUAUAUAAUUGGAUAUAAGCUCUCGAAUCCAUAUCAGUCAAGGGUUCUGGGAUCUCUUAUUGAAGGUCUUUUGGUACUAGCUUUUAUCAUUUGGAACGGUUGGUUGUAUCGACGAGAGCAACGGCUAACACUUCGGGAAGUGACGGAUCGAGCGCAGACCAUCAUCGAAGCAUUGGAAAGAAGUGGCAUGAAUAUGGUUCAAGAUACUCGCAUACCCUUCAUUCCUUCCCUAUCGAUUGCAAAGGUGGUUCGAGAUGGUGUUUCCAGAGUAUUUCCUACCAAUUUACUGGUCGAAGGCGACGUGGUUGAGAUGCUGUAUGGCGAUGUUGCACCGUGUCGCAUGAAAUACGUGUACCUUGAUCCAAUAGAGACCGUCAAUCAACUUGGGAUCAACUCUACUACCGACCUAGGUGCAUCUCUUGAAAGCGAUAAAGCUACUGUGGAUUUCACUCGAAAAGAAUAUUACAUGGCUGCUGAUCAAGUACUCAAGCCAUCCUUCUUCGGCGUCCCUCCACAUCCACAUAUGAUGAGAGAUUACAUGACUGCACGUGGACGACAUCAGUUUAUCUUAUUGGAAACGCCGUUGCGAAAAAACAUGCGCAAAGCUCUUCAAGGAGAGCGCCCAGAGACUGUCAUUCACAACGAAGCCAAAGUUUUAAUCAACUGGUUCUAUCAUCGAAUUAUUUGGGCCGUUUUGGCAUUGGCCCUGAUCAUCAACCUUUUCCGGUUCGGUUUCAAGGAUAUCAUGGGUAACAAAUACCAUGUCGAUCAAAUUUUUGAAGUGGUUUUUGUAGAAACCAUUUAUACCAUCAUACCGCUCUUGCCACUGACCUUACCCAGUUUAUGGCUCAUUGCAAGAAGUUUCGGAAAUGCCCAAGUGCUCAUUCUAUUCGAAGCGCUUCAGAUUUCGAAAACCGAAUACGAGGAUGAAGAUGAUGUGGAUGAAUUCGAUGCAGAAGCCCCUCCUCCUACAAAAGAUGUUGAUCUCAACCCAAACGCGGUUUGGAGCAGGUUUUUUUCGUUACUGACCAAAUGGGACAAACUGUCUCUAACUCGAUCUACGAAUUUGUUUGAAUCGCUUGGAAGUACAACUGUCAUUUGUUGUUUGGACAAAGAAGGGACCAUUGCGAACCCGUUUCCGUCGGUAGAGCAAAUAUUGCUGCCUGACGCUGACGAGGACGUAGCUGUACUCGAUGUAGAGGAAGAUUAUGAUCAACCCUAUGGCAUAAAGUUUGAAGAUCAAGACUGGGACCAAUACCUGGCUGGAUUAAAGCCUGUGGGACUGAAUUUUCUACUAAAUACCAAUUGCGGUGUUUUGCAAGGCCGACGACGAGCAGAACAUCAUAGAAAGCGCUCUGGUCUUCAUAGCUACGGCAAAACGUUACCUGCUCGACAAUCUUGUCUUUGUCGCCUGGGUAAAUCCAUUGGGUUUACAGAUGACGCUCUUUCGACUUUCCAGCUUCGCAAGGAGAUAUACACGUUUGCUCCCUAUCAUGAAGUACUUAACGCCCAUCGAAAUUUCUCACAACAAUUCGAGGUUCCUAGCAUGCUGUCGACGAUAUAUGAAGAAACUCGAUCAGGAAGCUACCAGCUUUUGAGUGACGGACAUUUGGAUCUCAUUUUGGACAAGUGUUCCGAUUACUGGGAUGGGCAAAGCCUUCGAAGAAUGACGGAUGCUAUGGAGAAAAAGGUGUACGAUUUGUUUCAAAAUGCUCAGGUGAAUGAUAUGCAAUGUAUAGCGUACGCAUACCGACCAAUCAACACCACCCAUGGAGAAAAAAUCCCUUUCCUCCAACAGUCUGGUGAUUAUGGAUCUGAUCCAGGGUGCGCAUUCAUUGUCUUACCCUACAAUCGGCCUAGCACCGACAGUUCAAGCGUAUCUUCGGCCAGCACAGAUACGGAUACACAAGGAGAUGAAGACGAUGAUGGUGAGCAAGGGACUUCCACAUCCGUGGGAGCGGCGGCAACCGAAGCGUCGUCUACUCAAGACUUGACUCGAAAAAGACCGUAUCGUCAUAAAUCUAAAAAUAGCGACGAUGAAGCGCUCGAUUUUUCGUUCCAGGAUGUUGAGCAGGUCAACCAAGGAGAUGAGGAGAGGUUCUACAAGGAGGUGGUCAAGGGCCAGAUCUUCCUUGGUCUUGCCACACUAUGCCAUCGGCCCAAGUUGAAUGUGGUGGAUUUCAUCGAGGAUCUCGGUUUGGCCGGUAUUCGAUUCGUGUAUUUCUCACCUACCGCUGAACGAGAGUCCAAAGCCUACGCCGAAAGACUUGGCCUGGAGACAGACUGGAACAGCUGUAUUUUGUUAUCCAAUGCUGAUGAUGACAACUGCGGCACGGGGUACUUGCAGACGCACGACAUCAAGGCACAGCUGCCUCGCGGAAUUGAUCAAAUUCGCCCUCAUCUUGAAAAUGUGGACGAUAUCCCAUUGCAUGUUUCAUUGUUCGCGGAAUGUACCCCGUAUGCGACGACAGAGAUGAUUCGCAUCUUUCAAGAAAAUGGUGAAGUUGUGUGUUGCGUUGGCAAUGCGCUUAAUGCCAAAAAUACUGCUUCGUUUGCGCUGGCGGACGUCAGCAUAGCGAUGGAGCCUAUGCACACCCGAGCACAGACCAAAGGCAGAUUGGCUUUAGGUGGUAGACAGCCACCUCUUGCGAUAGGAGCGUCCUUGGUCAGCUUACCAUGUGGUCUGUUCAUGCAAUACGAGACAAGCUUAUACGCACUGACACAGCUGACUCGGGAAGCCAGACGUUUACUGAAUGCUGUACGAAUGGCUUUCGUAUUCUUCACAGCAUCAUGCAUGGCAAUGGCCUUGAUACAACUCUUAUCUUUUUGCAUGCUCCUUCCUCCCAUCCUCACGGGGUACCAGAUGCUAUGGAUAAUGUGGAUCGUUCUGCCCAUUUUAACCAUUUCCAUGCUCUUCUCCCCGCACGAGGACAAUAUCAUGCUUAUGAUGCCAGGUAAAAACAUUAAUCAUGUUGUCGAUCGGUGGCGCUUUAUGACCUACUUCGUCUUACGGUUUGCUCUACCCAUCAUCAUGAGUGUGAUCAUUUACGUCCUAUGUUUGAUCCAUUUUCUGGACGGAACGGUUCCAGCCACUGAAAUAUUUGGUGACCUUGGUACUGUUGGGUGGUUACAUUGGAAUAACGAGAUACAAUGGGCGGUUCUGUAUGCACAAAACUGUACUAUGCUUAUCUUUGUUUGGUAUAUAGCUUGUAUCUCUGCCACUUUCCUACACCGAACGCUGUCCAUGCGUAGGUUUUUACCCUUCCGGAACCGUAUCUGGAUCAUUGCGUUUUUCACGAGUAUCGCCCUUCAAUUUGCUUUUUGUGCAGUGUCCUUGGCAAAAGGUCCCUAUUCUAUACGAACUUUGCCAUGGUACGUUUAUUUCCUAGGCUUUGCAUUUGUUUUGGUUAUCAUACCUGCGCAAGAGCUGGUGAAGCUGCACGACUUGAAAGAAUUCACCCGGUUUCAAAAGCGAUCCAAGCUUGAAUUUAGUACCAAGCUUGGGAUGCACUCACCGUUGUAGUAAUAUAAUAGCCUAUAAAAAAAGGCGAUAUGAUAUGGAAUGUCCGAAUAAGGAAAUGCAUCAGAGCUACUUUCCAACGUCAUAAAAAUCCCAUCAUUAAAGCCUCGCCUUUUCAUCAGAAUAAAUCUAUUUCUUUCUUUUUU